CCGGCGCUUGGCCCUUCCCGCUUGCCGUCUUCGCAGCCAUGGCGGCCGCCGUGCUCCCCGCGUGGCUGGCCCUGCCGCCGCGGGCCGGGACCCUUCGGGCCUUUUCCACCGCUGUGUCCCCGGCCACCCGCUCUCCGAGGUCAAGACUGCAAAGAACAUCCAGAAAUGAAAGGCCGCUGAGGAGAAAGGCACUGCCUCCUAGGACAGAGAAAAUGGCUGUGGACCAGGACUGGCCUAGUGUUUACCCUGUCGCGGCACCGUUUAAACCCUCAGCAGUACCUCUUCCUGUUCGAAUGGGUUAUCCAGUAAAAAGGGGGGUGCCCAUGGCCAAGGAGGGGAAUCUGGAACUUUUAAAGAUCCCCAAUUUUCUGCAUUUGACUCCAGUAGCAAUUAAAAAGCACUGUGAAGCUCUUAAAGACUUUUGCACUGAGUGGCCAGCUGCGUUAGACAGUGAUGAGAAAUGCGAGAAGCAUUUUCCGAUUGAAAUUGACACGGCUGAUUACGUUUCAGCAGGACCGUCCAUUCGAAACCCCAAAGCCCGAGUAGUAACCUUGAGGGUUAAACUUUCCAGUUUGAAUUUAGAUGAUCACGCAAAGAAGAAACUUAUUAAACUUGUAGGAGACCGAUACUGCAAGACCACAGAUGUGCUUACCAUCCAGACAGAUAGGUGCCCUUUAAAGAGACAGAAUUAUGAUUAUGCAAUGUAUCUACUAACAGUUUUAUACCAUGAGUCUUGGAAAAUGGAAGAAUGGGAGAAAAAGAAGACUGAAGCAGACAUGGAAGAGUAUGUGUGGGAAAAUAGCUCCUCAGAGAAAAACAUCCUGGAAACACUUCUCCAGAUUAAAGCUGCUGAGAAAAAUCUGGAAUUAAGUAAAGAAGAACUCCUGGCUACUAAAGAAGUUGAGGAUUAUAGAAAGUCUGUUGUUAGUCUUAAGAAUGAGGGGGACAAUGAAAAUACCCUUUCUCAGUACAAAGAAUCAGUGAAGAAACUAUUAAAUUUGACAUGAAUUAUGUAGAAAAAUUGCCUUGAUUUAUUAAUUUUAUGACAUAUAUCUAAUCAUCUAAGCUGAUAUAAAGUUGAAAAUGUUUGAAAGAAACCAUUGUUUUACAUCAGAGUUAAUAUUAUUCCUUUCAUCCUAAUGCACAAUGGCAAUGAUUGUCCAAAAGUUUUCAAUGAUUUUCAGAAGUCUGGGGUGGUCAGACUGAUUAGAUGUGAUUUCCUCCGGUUCUAAAGUGCUUGGAUUUUGUUCCUUCCAUAACAAAUUUAGUAUUCAUACAUAUACAUUUUUUGUUAUUUUAUCACCUGCUAUGUUUCUUUCCCUACAAAUUAUCACUCAUUGGUUGCUUUUGCAUAAAGAUUUUGGUUAUUUGGGAAGCUAGGCCCAGAACCCAGCCCGCUGACUGAAAUUCAGUGCGGUGUUUACAUUACUACUGUCUCCCUAACCGGUUUUUUUGGCAGAUGCUGACGGAUGAGAAACAGGUCAUUGGCAGUAUCUUCUAACCCAGAAAGUCUGUUCCAUCCGCCUGUUUUGGGGUCACUUUAUGUUGAUUCAGUUCUGCUUGGCGUUCCGCUUCACAUUUUCUGCAGCUCAUUUUUCCAAGCCCAAGCUUGCAGACAAGUGGAAAUGGAGAUCAGCUGGUAUAGUAUUCGCCUCUCUGGAUGCCCCAGCUAGAACUUCCACAGCUCGGGACAGAGAUGAGGUAUAAGGACCUUGUAUUUAAUUGGAGUAAAUGGCAAAAGGAUAACUGCCUUAAGAAACAUUUCAUUCAGUUUAGCUGUCACUUCAGUAUUUUUAAGUGUCUGUUAAGUAAUUUCUUUAAAAGUAGUUGACAAGUGACUAACUUAAAAUCAAAAUAAAGGAAUUAUUCAGGUUGGUAA